AAGCGGAGACGAAGAUGAAGAUACGAUAAUAAUUGGGCCCUCGUUUGAGAUGACGCUGUUAUGUGAAGUACGAGAGUUUCACACCCCUGUUUGCUCGCUGCGCACUGCGCAGUGCGCACGAGUUGCGAUCACAUAGCUUUUUAUUUAAACGUGAAUACAAAAAAUUGAAAUGUAAAAAUGGCUAACGAUUCUAACGAAAAAAGUGAUGUUACUGUGGACGAUAUUCUAAGAAUCCUGGGCUCCUUUGGCCGAGCGAAUGUGUACAAUUACGUGUUAAUUUUGUUCCCGAUUCUCUUGUCUGGGAUUUACUCUUCUGUGUACAAUUUUGAAGCGUUGGACCUUCCUUACAGAUGUUCAACAGAAUGCAACGAGCCAAGCGUCAAUUUCACGGCACCACACAUACACGGCAAGCCAGCAAGAUGCGUCCGGUAUCCGCUGAAAUCCGGCAUAAGCAACCACACAUGCACGCCGCAGAUGUUCGAUCAUUCUAGGACUGUAAAAUGCAACUCCUAUGUGUAUUUCGAAAACCAUUCGAUUGUUAAAGAGUUUAACUUGGGCUGCCAAGAUUGGAAGCGUUCCCUAGUUGGCACGGUCCAUAACGCUGGUUUCUUCGUCUCUAUACCCCUAACGGGAUUCGUAUCUGACAAGUAUGGAAGGCGUGUAGCAGUCGUCUUCGCGACUGUUAUGAGUGGUGUCUUUGGUGUUGUGAGAGGGUUCGCCGUGAACUAUGAAAUGUUCAUGGCUGCGGAAUUCCUGGAAACGGCUAUUGGUGGUGGAGUGUACACUGCGGGAUUUGUAUUGGCGUUGGAAUUAGUAAGACCUGAAGGAAGAGUAUUCGUCAGUCUUCUGUUUGAUACAUUCUACAUUCUCGGAGGAAUCACGGUCACUCUGCUUUACUGGUGGUUACAAAGCUGGCGGGCUCUUCUUUUCGUGAUUUACACUCCAGGUAUCCUCGUUCUUUCGUACCUAUGGCUGCUAACCGAGAGCUUCCGAUGGCUCUUCAGCAAAGGUCACUACACCAAAGGUGUGGAGACAUUGAAGAGAUGCGAAAGGAUCAACAACGUCACUAUACCAGAAUACCAUUACGAGCAAGUUCAAGAGCACGCCCGGAGACAGAGGGACGCCGAGAAAUUGGACGCGAAACAGUUCAACCGCACCGCUAUAAAACAGUUGUUUAUGUCGAAAAUGAUCUGGAAGAGGCUGAUGACGUGCGCGUUUCUCUGGAUCUCCUCGACUUUGGGCUACUUCGGUCUGUCCAUUAACGCUAUAGAGCUGGCUGGGAACAGCUACAUGAAUUAUAUCAUCGUGCUACUGAUCGAGGCGCCGGCGAACAUCUGCAAGUUCUUUCUGCUGGACAGGUUCGGCAGGAAACGGGUUAUCGUUAGCGCGUUUAUCAUGUCAGGAAUUAUUCUCAUCAGCUAUGGAUUUUUACCAGCUGGCGGCUGCUGGUCCAUGGGUUUCUACCUGGGUGGGAAGUUCUUCAUAACCCUCGCUUACAACUCCCUGUACAUAUUCGCGGCGGAGGUGUUCCCGACCAACUACCGCACCACCAUGCUGGGGCUCUGCUCAACUAUCGGAAGAAUAGGGUCUGUUAUUGCGCCACAGACGCCAUUACUGUCCAAAUACUACGACUCGUUGCCAACGCUGUUCUUCGGUGCGAUGGCGACCAUAUCUGGUUUCCUGGUGUUAACCCUGCCUGAGACCAGCAAGCAGAAACUGCCCGACUCCCUGAAGGAGGCCCAGGACUUAGAGAGAGUGAAGAGAGAGGGAAUCGAGGACAAAGGUUUAGUGAAUUCAGAAGAUGCAACGUCUGAAAUCUGAAA